UAUUCCACUUUCAUUUUUGGUGGUAUGGGCGACUGGGUGGAGAUCUGCAUUGAUGAUUAUCUCCCCUGUGAUGAUCACGGUAUCGUCCUUCUGCCAAAAUGUCCUAAGCCCCACGAAUCUGGCCCGUGUUUGUUGGAAAAGGCAUACGCAAAGUUACACGGUUCAUAUGAGGCUUUAGAAGGGGGUAAGCUCCAUCACGCCCUCAUAGACUUCACCGGAGGCAUGACAGAGGUAUUCAGCCUGCAAAAACCAGAGAUGAUACCACGUGACCUCUUCAACAUCAUCAGCGAUACUUACGCGAUGAACACUUUGAUGGGAGCCGCUAUCUUUCGACCUCUGGGUAGCAAACAACGAGAGAUUAGACGAGACAAUGGCUUGUUCAUGGGCCACGCCUACAGCAUUACAGGAGUGAUGUCGCUUCAGGUGAGUCACUCCAUCGUCCGCUUGCUGCGCCUGAGGAACCCAUGGGGAGGGGCGAGUGGAAUGGAGCAUGGUCGGACAGAUCUCCAGAAAUAGUUCGGAUGUCUCCCCGUGACAAACAGCGCCUCAAUCUGGUCAGCAUCAAUGAUGGAGAGUUCUGGAUGGCAUACGACGAUUUCAUUAAAGAGUUCGAUGAACUUUCAGAUGUGUCAUAUGGUGCCAGAUGCUUUUACUGCAGAACUCAACGCUAAUAUGGACAAAGAAGAAUGGGACGUGGCCAUGUUCCACGGUUCCUGGAUGCACGAGGAUACCGCCUGCUGCACGAUGUGUUCUACAGGCAUUCACUGGGAUAAUCAGCAGUAUUACAUCGGAUUGAAAGACCCUGAUAGUACUGGAAAGUGCACCCUGAUUGUCUCACUUAUGGAAAAGGAGGUUAGGACCUCGUCUUUGCAAGAACCGGAGGUGCUCAUCGGAUUCUCAGUAUUCAGGUUAAAUGAACCGUCAUUGAAUCCUUUGAACCGCAAAAACAAGAGCCGAGCUGAUAUCGUGGCCACAGCGGGAGAGUACGAGAUUUAUCGCGAGAUUUGUAAACGCUUUGAGCUAUCGCCUGGCAUAUAUGUAGUUAUACCUCAGACCUACCGUUCAGGUGACGAAGCGGACUAUUUUAUCAGGCUUUACUCCAAACGGAUGACGACUGCAGGGGAGAUGGGACUUCCAAAAGCCAACGCUAUGUGAUCAUGGGGCGGAGCUGUGGAUAUGUAGGUGAAUAUGCAGUCAUCAGAGCUCUGUGUGUAUGAGAAAUAUACAGAACCAGUCUUUCCAGUCGUCUGCUCCAUAUACAGAACCAGUGUUUCCAACUGUCUACCCCAUAUACAGAACCAGUGUUUCCAGCCGUCUACCCCAUAUACAGAACCAGUGUUUCCAACUGUCUACCCCAUAUACAGAACCAGUGUUUCCACUCGUCUGCUCCAUAUACAGAACCAGUGUUUCCAACCGUCUACCCCAUAUACAGAACCAGUGUUUCCACUCGUCUGCUCCAUAUACAGACCCAGUCUUUCCAGCCGUCUGCUCCAUAUACAGAAACAGUCUUUCCAGCCGUCUGCUCCAUAUACAGAACAAGUGUUUCCACUCGCCUGCACCAUAUACAGAACCAGCUUCCAACCGUCUACCCCAUAUACAGAACCAGUGUUUCCACUCGUCUGCUCCAUAUACAGAACCAAUUUUUCCAGCCGUCUGCUCCAUAUACAGAACCAAUUUUUCCAGCCGUCUGCUCCAUAUACAGAACCAAAGUUUCCAGCCGUCUGCUCCAUAUACAGAAACAAUUUUUCCAGCCGUCUGCUCUGUGAUAAACAUAUCAACCAACACAUCUACUACUCACGCAUCUGUGAAAUGUUUACCUCAGCUGCUCACGAGAAUUUGGUUUUCAGGAAAAGUGACAAGUACAGGGAGAAACUCCCCAUAUAUGAGAAUAUAACCUGAAUUAAAUCAACAUUCAUGGCAAGUUGUCCCCUUGAAUAUUAGCUGCCAGCUCUGAUUAUUUCAUAUGCACUUUUACAUCGGGAGGUGUUUCAGAUACCAGACUCUAAAAAGUUGUCCA